CAUGUCCUCUUCGACAGAUACUGCUAUCCAGGACGAGGUCAACCGCCUCAAGCUCGAGCUCCAAGCUCUCAAGGUCGAGGAUGGUUCAGAACAGAUAUAUGUUGGACAAUACCUGCUUUCCAGGUUGCAGCAGCUGGGCGUCACUGACCUGGUAGAGGAUCAUCCCACCAUCAAUUGGGUUGGUAACUGUAAUGAACUAAACGCGGCCUAUGCCGCAGAUGGAUUUGCCCGCGUGAAAGAGCAGAGUAUCGGUGUCGUAUUGACGACGUUUGGUGUUGGAGAGCUAUCAGCAACCAAUGGCAUCGCAGGAGCUUUCUCUGAGAUGGUUCCUGUUCUUCAUGUUGUAGGCGUCCCCAGCACUGUCCAGCAGAAGACCAAACCCAUGCUUCAUCACACCCUCGGUGAUGGAAGGUAUGAUGCAUAUAUGAAGGUUGCUGAGCAGUUCAGUGUAGCGCAUGUAUACCUCACCGAUGCGGCCACGGCGGCGGUUGAAAUUGAUGACCUCCUCACUGAAUGUAUGACAAAGGCCCGUCCUGUUUACUUGACCCUGCCCACGGAUAUCGUCUACGAUAAGAUAUCUUCAGCGCGUCUUAAAAUACCUUUGUCCGGUACUCCGCCGCCGAACGAGCCAGAAGCCGAGGCAUUUGUCUUGGACAAAAUUGAGGGACUCGUGAAGGAGGCGGAGGGACAUGUGGUUGUUCUCCUCGACGCGUGUGUUGUCAGACACUAUGCACGCGCAGAGACAAAGGAGCUAAUUAGGACGACCGGAUUCCCAGUUUACGCUGCGCCUAUGGGGAAGACGGCUGUAAACGAGAGUUGGGAACGUUUCGGAGGCAUUUACAUUGGAUCAAUCAGUCACCCCGAGAUUAAGGAGAAGAUCGAGUCGGCAAAGCUCAUUUUAUCUCUUGGCAGCUUGAAGAGCGACUUUAACAGUGGAAAUUUCACUUAUAGUAUCCCAACUGCGCGCACCGUUGAGUUGCACUCCUCUUGGACUAAAGUCCAGUAUUCCGAUUAUGCGGGUAUCGGCAUGAAAGACCUGCUCCCAAAGUUGACCAGAAGACUGCAGUCCUAUCGGAGUGCAGCACUCAAGUACGAUGUUCCGCGUUUCCAUGCUGUCGUACCUCAGGAAGACGACGGCAUCAUCUCCCAUUCUUGGCUCUGGCCCACAAUGGCCAAAUUCUUCAAGCCAAGGGAUGUUAUUGUCACAGAGACUGGGACAUCAGAUUUCGGCAUCUUGGACGUUCCAUUGCCUAAUGAUUCAAUUUUAGUUAACCAAAUCUUCUGGGGAAGUAUCGGUUGGUCUGUUGGAAGCUGCCUUGGGGCUGCGUUAGCUGCGAAGGAUAGGGACCUUGGCCGUGUCGUUCUCUUUGUCGGUGACGGUAGCCUUCAACUCACCGCACAAGAGCUGGCGACUAUGAUUCGCGCAGACCUCAAGCCCAUCAUCUUUGUCUUGAACAACAGUGGCUAUACAGUCGAACGGUGCAUCCGUGGUCAAACUCGAAAAUACAAUGACAUUACAAACUGGAAAUGGACAUCACUUCUUGAAACUUUCGGUGACCUUGAUGGGACACGCUCAAAGUCUUAUACUGUCAAUACUAAGGAGGAGUUGAAGAAUCUCUUAGAUGAUUCCGAGUUUUCCAGCGCCCGCAAGAUCCAACUCGUCGAGGUCCUGAUGCCCAUGCUUGAUGCUCCUCUGUCAUUGAAGUUCCAAACCGAACUAAGUGGCAAGACUUAACGCUUACACCAAGUGAAGGAUGAACUUCUUAUGUUUCUUUCGCGAUAGCCCUUGUUUUCAGACGAUGACUGACCUACCUCACUGGUUGUACUUCCCCCUUAUUACAUGUUACAUCCUUUGUUUCCGGACUUUCGAAAGACGAAACGGGCUCAGGUCAACGCAUUACAUCUCAUCCACACAACAUAUAGUAUAUCCUACUUGAUAGCACCAUACUACAUAUUCGACUUAGACGGAGCUUUAGAUCCAAAGAUCUUUAAGAAAACAUCAUAGUCGGGUGC